AAACAGACAACCCUUUAAUUAUGCUCAGGUAUAAGAAUUUGGUCUCCCUAAAAGCAAAGCAGCCUUAAGGAUAACGCCAAAGAGUUUCACUUUUAUAUCCUUUCCAUAUCAACUUUUGUCAAAAAGAAAGAAAAGGCAUACAAAGGACAAAACAGACUUCCCAACCAUUUCUUGCGUUUUCUCAGUUGCCUUCGUUCAUGGGUAAAAUCUGGAUUGAAGUUUGCCUGAUAUCUGCUCGCGGGCUCCGACAUUCUUCAUCCCUUUGGAAGCUUCAGUGGUUCGCAGUUGGAUGGAUUGAUCCUAACAACAAAUAUUGCACAAAGAUUGAUGCCUCAGGGAAUGCAAAUCCCGUAUGGAAAACCAAAUUUGCAACUUUGGUUGAUGACUCAAACUUCCAAGAUAUGGUAUUGCAUGUUGAAGUAUACAGCAGAGAGCCCAUUUUCCUCAGAGAAAGACUUCAAGGCACUGCAACUGUUGGCUUGAAAGAAUUUCUGGCGAAGUAUAGCAAGAACUCAGCCACAGGAAAAGAAGAAGAAGUCGGGAGCUACCAACUGCGCAAAAGAAAUUCCAAUAAACCGCAAGGUUUUAUAGAUAUCCAUAUUCGCAUCUCAGAGGACAGGGGAGAGCCCGGUUCCUACACAGGCGAUGAAGGGGGACUUGUUUUGAUGGAUCGCAGCAAUAAUAGUGCAUUGUCUUCUGAAGGUGGAUCGGGGCAAGGCUAUCCCUCUGAGCUGCCUCUUGUUCCACUUCGACGACCAGAAAAUCGAUCUUCCGAUUCUGCUUAUACGCAUCCAAUGCCCUACCCUGCAAAUUACUCUAAUCCAUCCAUGGGUGGACCAAGCUAUUCCGCAGCAGCUGGACCAAGCUAUCAUCCACCACGCACUCCACCGCCGCCACCACCGCCUUCUAAUGUUGGUUAUAUACCUACUUUUCUUCCAAAUACUGAUUACAUAAACAUGCCAUCAUCUGCAGCAGCCUCUAGAAUGGGAGCAAGACCUGGUGUGGCAAUGGGACUUGGUGCUGGAGCUGUGGCUGCUGGUGCUGUGAUUUUUGGUGAUGACUUCUUGUCAGGAUUUGAUAUUCCUUCAAGCUUACCUGAUCCUAGUCUAACAAUAUCAGUAGAGCCUCCUUUCUAAAGGAAGGGUGCUACAAUUUCCUGUAACACGCUGAAAUGCUAUGAAAACAUUGAGUUGGUUAUCUCAAAAUUUUCCACCUUCCUCAA